GUGGCAUUGACAAAUUCAUUGUUUGCCAAGAGGAGCUCAUGGCCCUGUUUGCCAUCUGUCCGGCCUGUUGUGAGAAGUCAGAUAGUAGAAUCGUGCAGCAGGAAGGAACAUUUGUUAAAAUAGAGCAGGUCUGUGCAUGUGGCUACCAGCGUUUCUGGCAAAACCAGCCGAUCCUAAACAGGAAUAUGCCAACCUGUAACCUCCUUUUAAGCGGGGCCAUCCAUUUCUCUGGAUGUUUGGCCACCCAGACAUUACGGAUGAUGACCCUGUUUGGCCUUCAGUGCAUCAGCGCAAGCACUUUCUUUCGCCAUCAGCGCCGUUACACCAUCCCCGUCAUCAUUCAGGCCUGGCAGAACGAGCAGGCCAAGAAUUUUAAUGACCUCAAGGCAAUGGAUGGAGGCCUAGUUGUUGCUGGUGACUGCAGGUCAGAUUCUCCAGGGCACUGUGCAAAGUACGGCUCCUACACAUUGAUAGAGGACAGAGUAAACAAGGUGGUUGAUGUUCAGCUUGUUCAGAGCUCAGAGGUCCCCAACAGCUCUUGGUGUGAGAUGGAGGGGCUCAAGCGCAGCAUCGGCUUGCUGAGGCGGAACGACCUGCAUUUGUCAACCCUCAUCACAGACAGACAUCGCCAGGUUGCCAAAUGGGUGAGAGAAGAGCUGUGCCCUGAAGGGACACAGCAUUAUUUUGAUGUCUGGCACAUUGGGAAAAGUCUGGGGAAGGCCUUGGAUACAGCCUCAAAAGAUCAUUCCAUUACAGCUCCAUUUGCCCCAUAAUUCAUAAAAAAAAUUGUAAGAAUCCGAAAGGGACCUCUGUGUGCGCUUUUCUCUUGGAUCACUAUUAGGGAUGCAAAUUAUCGAGUAAUUCAUUAAUCGAUAGUUGUUUCAUCUUAUCGAUCGAUGAUCGAUUAAUUGAUAAGCGGCAAUUCUUCUGAGAAGCUGAAUUUCCUUCUGAAUGUGACACAUUUAGGUGGUAAUUCAACGAAGUUGUUUAGUUGUUGUACUUUAAAAUACUUCCACAUAUUGUGCAUUUGGCGUCUUUGUCGUCAUUAACCAACUUAAAGUGUCUCCAUACUGCACUCCGUUUUGCCCUCUUCAUCGUUUGUCUUGUCCUGCCGUGUUCCAAUACCCAUACUGUCCGUACUUACUAGCCAAAAUUUGAGUACGCAGUACUCCAAUUCAGAUCCGGCGAAAAGAAGUAUACUUCAAGGACCCGGAUGCCGUACUCAAAACGGGCUAAUCGUGAAGUGUGGGUCGAAGGACACUCCCCGUACUCAACGGCAGCCUUCUUAGCUACGUAGCAGAAGAGGCGGAGCCAGGCUGAGCCAAAGUCGGCGCAUUUUCCACAUAGCCUGCAUUAAUAGUCAUUUUGUAGUUUUUAUAGUUUUUAUAGCUUUUUAUAGCUGCUAGGCGUAAAGAGUUCACCGUUCAAAGCGGGAUGUUUAUUGCGGGGGAGGAGCCACGGCGGCAGUCGUGAUCGUAAUUUCCGGUUAGUGCACCACGGAGUACUCGAUUUGGAACAGCACUCACAUCUGAAAAAUUAACGUAGUAGCCAGUGCGGAUAGUAUACUUCCUUUAAGUAUACUCAUGGAAGUACGGGUAUUGGAACACGGCCCUGCUUUGCUUGUGUUCCCGCGUGUGCGUCAAGUACGUCUGGCGUCAAGUGCGCCCUCACGUGGACGGUUGGGGAAUUACGGGUUAAAAUGCGAUUAAUUGCAAGUAAUUUAUUUUAAUCGAGUAAUCUCUUAUCGACAAUUAAUCGAUAAUCGAUUAAUUGUUUGCAUCCCUAAUCACUAUGCGUCUUCUCUAUGUGAUAUCAUUGCAUGUAUGUGUCCGUGAGUGAGUGACAGAAUGUGCUGUGUGAGUGCUGACCCUCAGGUAAGACCACACUAUUGCAAGAUUAUUUUAUGUUGGUUUCUUUGUGCCUAACCCUUUUUUUCUUGAUUUGUUUACUUUUAUCAGGCCUUUCAACCUGUCCCUUUUUUCAGUAAUCGAUCCCCAUUACUUGGGAUGACCUAAUAAACUCUUUUUAUAUGAAUUCACAUGUUCUGUGUAUUUUAUAACAUUUUAAAGGCGGUUGAGCGAUCGCAACACAACUAGCAUGAGUUAAUUCUUGAACUGAAAAAUAAUUGUAUUCAUGUUGUACGUGCCAAUAUGGUUUUUAUUCUUCAUCCAAACGAGGCUAUUGAAAGCCAUGAUAGGUCUGGUCACCACUCUGAAAUUGUUGCCUGAUGGCUGAAACCAGACAGGAGGGUAGAGGCUUCCUUAUAUGCAGGCCAAGAACUCCAUAAGCCCAUCGUAUAGCCUGCCUGUAUGCAGUGUACCGGUAUUGCCUAGGGAAAUAGGUUGGAAAAUAAAAAAAAUUCAUGCAUGUUUAUUGUCUAUGCAACACAUCUCUAGUCGCCUAUAACUGUUUAAGUUGGUUCAUAGGACUCUAUAAAAAGAAUGCUAAAGUAACAAACAAUUAACAUACUCGUGCGUGCUGGCUUGAAGGGGACCAUGAUCCUGCUUGAAAUGUGUGUACGCUAUCUUAAGCACAAACGGAUUCAGGCAGCAUGCAUCAAAUCCUGGAUGCUGAGUGAGGCAUGUCACAUCUGCUGGUCUUGGGCUGAGCUUCUCGACCAGCGACCAAAACGCACUCACUUCCCUACAGCACAAGCUCUCCACCACAGAUUCCAUAGGACGGCACCGCCCACACAAACACCUGCCAAACACAGCGACACAGACACGCUUACUACUCUCCCUCUCUCUGUAAGCGGUACCGUGAUGGUGUCGAUGACAAUCAAUCACGAGGAGUAGAAUCGAAAAUAAACACCGCUGAAUUCAUGACCAGCCUACGUGAUCGGCGGCUACCGGGUACGUUUGCAACAACACUUUCACCGGAGGAAUAUGUAAAAGCUUAGAAAUAAAGACUAGGCAAAAUAUGUACCGGUAGUUACUGGAGCUAUUAGGCAACCAUCAAAACGUGGGAUAACUAAUCGUAGGGUUUAUCCGGGGAGGGGGGAUAGCUCAAGCGCUCGUUGCUGCAUUGCUAAAUGAUAGCAACUCACCAGGACACCUCACGAACUCUCCACCCAUUCUCCUCUGACCAUGAAUUUAAUUGGCUUUGACGGCCAUCAAUCCUCUGCAAUUCCUCAUUCGCCCCCUCACGUCUAACAGGCUCGAAAUUAUACGGCUGUGGGCCAUCAUGAAUGUAAUUUGUGGUUCUUGCCACCUCUUCCUCAUCCCAGUUAGACGCCAUAGUUCUAGUACUAGGCUGAGGCUACCUUCCACCACGACUC